CAUGGAGUCAGAGGGCUAUAAAUAUGAACGAUAUGUUUUCUCAAACAAACAAACCUAUACACGGCCGGGGCGUGCGACAAUAUAAACGGGAGCAGCGAGGUUCAAACAUGGGGGACGUAACGGGACUAUUUGUUUUCUUGUUGACUUUCCUGGUGGGGCGAACCGACGGGAUAGAGCCGAGCAGCGGGUACUGCAUCGGGACCCAGUGCUUCACUGUGUUCCAUCACGCCAGCGACUUUACAGCCGCGCAGGACCGAUGUAGAGACCAGGGAGGACAUUUGAUGACCGUGCGGUCGUCUGUCUCCCACGACAUUCUCUCCAUCCUGUUGGGGAACUUGACGGGGCGGUACUGGGUCGGUCUACAUCUGGCGACCGGCUGCCCGGACUCUGCUGCUGAGCUGAGGGGCUUCACGUGGGUGACCGAGGACAGCGAAAGUGACUUCUUCAACUGGCCGCCGGGUCUUGACAGCAGCUGUUCCUCCCCGCGCUGCGUCUCGGUUUCCCAAGAGGACGAGUUUCAAUGGAUCCCCGAACCGUGUCGCGAACACUUGGCCGGGUUCCUCUGUGAGUACAGCUUCAGUGACCCGUGCAAAGGACUUGCGGUCGCGCCGGGCGAGUCCGUCACCUACAGGACCCCCAUGGGGUUUGUGGGCGAGGAUGUACUUUCUUUGCCCCCCGGGAGCACCGCCGUCCGGAUGCCGGCCGAGACCAAAUACGUCUGCUUCACGGAGCAGUGGCUGCAGGCACCCUGGAGCUGCGAGAUUCACGAGGGCGGGUGUGAGUACAGGUGCGCGGCGAACCCCAAAAACGAGCCCGUCUGCUUCUGCCCGACGGGCCAGACCGUCAACCCAAAGAACAACGUCACCUGCGAGGUGACGGACGCGGACGACCCGUGCGCGGCCCUGCGCUGCGCGCACGCCUGCUACAGGGAUGGAGACUCCCACGCCUGCCUGUGCGGCCACGGCUUUAAGCUGGCGCAGGACGGCCGGUCGUGCGUGGACGUCAACGACUGCGGGGACAAGCGGCAGUGUCCCGGGGAGAACUUCAUGUGCGUCAACAGCGUCGGCGGGUUCCAGUGCGUCUGCGAGGAUGGAUACAUGGCGCGCGGCGGCCUGUGCCUCGAGGUGGACGAGUGCGUGUCCGCUCCGUGCGAGCACAUUUGCGCCAACACUCCCGGCAGCUACGACUGCUCUUGUUAUGACGGAUACAAAGAGGACCCGAAGUCCCCGAAUAAGUGUGUGCUCCACUGCGGGAAGGAGGAGUGCGUCGCCGAGUGCGACCCAAACAACCGAUACGAGUGCUACUGCCCCGACGGGUACGUGGCAUCGGGGGAGACGCAGGUCGUCUGCAUAGACAUGGACGAGUGCUCCUUCGAACAAUGCGAUCAGCGUUGCAAAAACACGUUCGGCAGCUACGUGUGCUCGUGCUUUCCGGGAUACACUUUAGUCGGAGAGGUCACUUGUGUCCACACCGAGGGGGACACGGACGGAGGGUCGGAGGGCUCCGGAGAGGGCACGACCCCGAGCGUCCCCACGACAUCCGCCGCGCCGCCUCCGGAUCCGACGAGGCGGCCCUCGGCGGUGUCGGCGGGGGGUCUCGCGGGGAUCAUAGUGUGCACUGUGUUCUCCAUCUUGCUGGUGCUGUUUCUGGCUCAUCGCAUCCUCAACGGCAGAGGGAAGAUGGAGAGCCGCGGCGCGCUCAAAGCCGCGGAGGAGGAAGCCCACGGUUUACAGCGCGUGACGAGGGACGCUUAAAAAGGGCCCACAUAUAAAAGACAUUUUAAGCACGACCCCACAGAGGCAAUGAGGUGACUCAGCAAAAACAACUGGGGAGACAGGAGUGAUGCCACAGGAGACAACGCCACCAUAACCUCACCAGACAAUAAAUAUAAUACACCAAAAAGUAUGUUUCACUGUCCUCGGUACUGUUACAAUUCAAUUCAAAUACACCAG